GGGGGGGGGGUGUUCAGGGGGAGUUGCUCCCUUUUCUAGGAAUGAAUAGGGAAUGAAUAGAAGUGAAUAGGGAAUGAAUUGAAGAUAAGAAAGGCAUGAUGAGUGCACAGUCACAGUCAACACAAGUCCAGACUAACCUGGCCAUCCCACCUGGGCAUUUACUCAUUUCAAGUGCUUGGCAAGGAACACAGUUGGCAUCACUCAUCUCAAAGGAAACAAAAGUUUUAUAUUCUGAUGGCUUGGGUGUGGUCGACUUCCAUCCGUCAGGGGAUGCUGCCGUCAUCUUUGUCAGUGAAGCAGACUUGUUGACUGGUGGGAGCUUCAAGAGGCGUAUUGUCAAGUUCCGCCAAGCAAACACCAGCUUGAGAGGGAUUGUCGUUGCUCAGAAAACACCCCAUACACAGGAGCCAUUCUCAGAUUUGCAGAAGUUUGUGUGCAUGGAGCUGGAUCUUGCUAUAGUGCCAGUCAAAACAAUAUCUGAGGCAGCUCAACUUCUAGCACAGAUGGUUAGAUGUGAAACUAAAGUAAGCAUCAACCCAUUCUGUAUGAAACCCAAAACAGUUAACAGUUCAGAUGCUGGGAUACUGGCAACUGCUACGGCUGUCCCUGGCUUAGGUGAAAAGCGUGCACGGCAACUGCUUGAACACUUUGGAUCUCUUUAUAAGAUUGCAAAUGCGACACAGGAGAACCUAGCUAGUGUUGUGGGAAAUGCUACAGCUUCUAGUGUGUACAAUUUCUUUCAUGGAAUUCAUUCAUGAUGUAUAAAUGUCUAUUUUAGUAAAUACACCUGUUCAUUUUA